AUGCAGACACGGUCUUUGGUUUUCAGCGCGCUUGCCGCCACAUCUCUUGGUGCUUCCAGCAACAGCUCUGAGCCCGAUAUUUGCAACACUUCGCUCAACGUCACUGGCCAGGCUGACCUCGACAAAGUGGCUGGCUGCCAAAAGUUCAACGGUGAUAUUACCAUUCAAUCCGCUGGUGCAAACCUCAUUUUCAACGGUAUCCAGGAGCUUGAUGGCUCUUUGACGGCCGUCAACUUGACUGACUUGGCAUCUAUCUCUGCUCCUCAGCUCACUAGCAUUAGUGAUGACCUUGAGCUGGCCAUUUUGCAGUCUCUUAGCACUUUGUCCAUGCCUGCCCUCACCAAGGUUGGCAGCAUCUCUUUCCGCACUUUGCCUGCUCUGCGUGAAAUGCAGUUCAACAAAGGUGUCCAGGAGGCCAGUAACGUUCUUAUCACCGACACCCAGUUGAAUUCGCUCGACGGUUUGAACUUGAGCCAGGUCGAUAACUUUAACAUCAACAACAACCGUUUCAUCUCCGACAUCACUGUUGGUGUUACCUCCGUCACCAACCUUCUCGACAUCUCCUUCAACGCAGCCAAGGUCAAUGUCUCUCUCCCUAACCUCGAGUGGGCCAACAAUGCUACAUUCCAGUUCUGCUCUUCCGUCGACCUGCCUUCGUUGAAGAAGGUCAACUUGUCUAUGGGCUUCAUCAACAACACCAUUUAUGGCAUCAACCUUCCUCAACUUACUGAGAUCGGUCAGUCCUUUGCCAUCGUUUCCAACUCCAAGCUGUCCAACACCUCGGCUCCUCAGUUGGGCCGCAUUGGCGGUGGUUUCCAGAUUGCCAACAACACUAACCUCAAGGCUAUUGUUGGCUUCGGCAACCUUUCUUUCGUUGGCGGUGCCAUUGACUUUGUCGGUAACUUCACCAAGGCCGAGCUCCCCAACAUCGAAGACGUCGAGGGUGGUGUUGUUGUUGACUCCUCUGGUCAGAUCGACUGCGACUCUUUCGAUAGCGCCCACUCCAAGGGUGACUUCCACGGUGACAAAUACGUCUGCAAGGGUCUGUCUACCACCGCAUCCUUCUCUAUGACCGGCAAGGCUACUGGCACUGGCGACUCUUCCUCCGGUUCCGGCAGCGCUACUGCCACUGGCUCCGCCUCCGACUCCGGUUCUAGCUCCAAGUCUUCUUCUAGCAAGUCCUCCAAGUCUAAGAACGGUGUUGAGAAGGUCGCUGUCCCCGGCAUGCUCUCUGCCAUUGCUUUGGCUAUCUUCUCCCUGUUCUAA